AUGAACUACUACCCACGGGGCCCAAUCUCCGACUAUCUUCGAGGUGCUGUUCAUGAUGCUCCUACCUCCAUAGUACCACUGGCUGACGCCGUUGCCCAAGCCCUUGCAGACCCGUGUCAAUCGGCCCAUCAGUUCAUUGCAAUGGAGAUUACCAAGGUUCACGAGUACUAUCGAUCGACUCACAGUACCGAACGUGAGCAAUACAGUCCGUUCAAAUUAGCCCUCGAAGAUCCUAAUCAUGCCCUCCAUCGAACCAUCGAGGCAAAGAUUCAGAAAGCUUGUCUGAUCAGUGCGAGAUGUGUGUAUGAUAAAGUCAUCAAGGUCACCAAGUCGUACAGAGGCGAGCUGUCUACUGUCAAAGAUGAGCUUUUCAUUGUCAAAGAGGAGAAUGCCACGAACGAAAGAAUGGUGGCGUCUCUUCAGGAUCAAUUGAACAAGCUCCGACGACAGGUACCAGACGAGCUUCCACAGACUCUAGAGAACAUCACCAGCGUCAUUCGCCCUGAAAUCCAAGAAACAAUUGAGAAAGCCGAUCAGGUCAGGGUCCGCAAGCUUGUGCUUCUGUCCAACCACGCCGAUCACGAGCGUCUGGAAGACCUACAUGACAGAUCUCUUAACCAGGAUGCACUUCUCCAAAAACUCGCGAAAACCUCAACUGUAGUCGACGGACUGCAGACCAAGAUGGAGCACCACAUUGAGCGACUCGAAUCUGCAAUGAAAGGCAAGAUCGAGAACAUCGAGACUGCGGUUGCUGAGCUGAUCAAUAUAUCCGGCCAGUUUAGCGCGCUCGAUGACCGUACCAAAGCCCUCAAAGAUAACGACGACCGUCAAAACAAGCACCCUGAGAAACUAAAAAGCACAUUCAUCGAUAACACUGCUCUUACCAAGAGGCUGGAGGCCUGUGAAAGCAUGGUUGAGCACCUUGAACGUAAGGUAAACGGGAUCUCAGAUGCGGUGACAGGCACCUCGGACAAGCUUGAAAAGCUCGAUGAGCUUGAAAACAACGUGGAAGAGGAUUUGAAGUUCGUGAGGCAACUCAACAAAGCGGUGAAGAAGGAGUCAAACGCUCUGGGUGAGAUCUUCCGCCGUAUGGCGAAUUGCGAAGACGACAUCGACGACCUCCAAGCUGCCACAGGCAUCACUAGGAACGAUAGGUCUUUGGACGCUGGGGCCAACAACGUUGAUGAUGCUGUCACCUCUACAAGCGAUCCAUCCUAUAAAGGCCUCCAGGCUUCCUUAUCUACCUCUCACCCUCCUUAUCCCGACCCAACCUCCUCAUCGUCCACAACCGACGCCCUCCCCGCUCCGUCUUCGACCGAUAUCGCGUCGCCGCAAGAGGGUGUGACUACCUCCAGGUCUCCAUCUCGCAUCUCGACUCCCCCUUCUGGCACCACUGAGCUUGUCAGCCGUGCCCCCGAAGUCGAAGCUCCGUCGCAAGAUGAGGCGAUAGAUGACUGGGUGCCUUAUGGCAUGACAGACAUUCCAGAGUCCCAAGAAGCGGUCGAGGAUUACAUGGUGAUAGCUGGCGAAGAGCGUGAAGAUAGUGAUUCAGAUGAUGACGCUGAAACGGAGGAUUAUGUAGACGCUGAGGGUGAGUCUGACGAGGAGACGUAA